AUGUCCUUUAACGACUUGGAGCAAGGUCUUCCUAAUGGACCUAUUCAUAUAGACACUGACAAUGACGAUCGUUUGUUUAAAGACUUGGCACAACGCAUUGCACAACAAACCUUUCAUAUCAAUGGUAAUAUUGCAAGUAUUGAAAGACUUGUCAACCUACUCGGUACCAACAGAGACUCUGUUGAAGUGAGAAAUAACCUACACGAUGUGACCCUUGCCACUCGCGAUCUCAUCAAGGAUUCAACUCUAGACCUAAAGAGUUUGUCUAGCAUCAAUCUGAAUGACCCAAAAAGCCGUCAAAGGCGUCUAGAACAACAAAAGUUGUCCAAGGAUUUUCAAAAAGUCGUUGCACAUUUCCAGACCAUACAAAAGGCAUCAGCAAGUAAGCAACGGGAAUUUAUUGACAAGACAAAGGCAACAACGGUCAUGCUUCAGAACCAAGUUGAGGAAGAGGAAAUUGAACAACAACAGCAACUGAAUGGACAAAGACAGGCUCAAAUUGAAGCAUUGGAUCAUGAAAUAGAAUACAAUGAACUUUUGAUUCAUGAUCGAGAAAAUGAAAUACAGAAUAUUGAGCAAGGCAUUGGUGAACUGAAUGAAAUUUUCCGUGAUAUGGGCAUGUUAGUGAAUGAACAAGAAAGCGGGAUUCGUAAGUAA